GACUUUCGACGCGCUGCCAGAAACAUCGUGAGCACCGCUUAACCCGAAGUAUAUAUCCAAGAGGUAUAUAUUAUAUAUGCUGAUUCCCAGAGAGUGGGAGUCCGAGUAACUUAAAAAAACAACACGAAAACUGAGAGUGUUCUAGUGCCAGAAAAACAUAUAUAAAUUCCCGACCGAUCCCAGGAAUAACUGACGCAAUGAGCGCCGUUGAUGCUAUAAUCAAUUACAAGCGCAGUCCCAACGAGGACUUCUACGGUCUGCUCCAUUGCGAUGAGAACUCAUCGCCCGAGCAGAUCCAGGCCGAGUACAAAGUCCUGGCCCUCCAGUACCAUCCCGACAAGAACUCCGGCGACAAGGAGGCGGAGGUCAAGUUCCAGCAGUUAAAGGAGGCCAAGGAAACCUUGUGCGAUCCCGAAAAGAGGGCCAUCUACGACAAGUGGCGCAACAGCGGCAUCUCGAUGAGCUACAAACAGUGGCUGGGCAUGAAGGAGCAUGUCGGUCAGGUGAGAAGAUACACGAUUGCCGAGAAAGUGGAUAAAGAGUCCAUGCACUGGGUCACCCCCAAGACCAAGGAUCGCAUGCUGCCCGAGACCGGCGGAGCAGCUGCCCAGGGACCUGGAUCCGGGGCAGGAUGCAGCAGCGGUGGCCUGACCGCAGCCUCCCCCAAUCCUGCCCACCGGCGGGCCUCGGAGGGCGGGGCGGCCUUGUACUACGGUAGUCGCAAGGGCGAGUGGGGCGGCGAGAACACCGAUGUGGCCAACAAGUUCCGCAACUACGAGAUCUAAGAGGAGCGUCGGCCACAGAUAGAAGUUUCAAUUUAAAAAAUAUUUCAAGUCAAACCGAAGAGCGAGCAGGAGGAGUUGGGUGUCUAGCCCGAAAGUUAUGCAAUUAUAUCAAAAUAUUCUGAAAGGGAAACAAAGUUUAUUAUCGAUGUGUAACUUAAGCGUUGCGAACCACAGAGCACAGAUACUCUUAUAUAGAUGUUUAUAGGUGUACAAAAAAAUAUAUAGAAAAAUGGUAAUUAACUAACGUAUAUUUAAGUGAAAGAAACUGUAAUUUCAAUAAACUCCCCCGAUGAAAAAUCCCAGGCGGAGCGGCAAGAAUUUUAAGUUGAAGUAAUUAGUCAAAUUUUAUCGCAGUCAUGCAUAUGAAUAUACACACCAUAUACUAUAUAUAUUUAUGUAAUCAGUGUAUUUGUAUAUCGAUGUUUCAAGUACCAUGAAUGUACCCCCAAGACAAUCCCUUGGCAGCAAACAAAACUAAACUGAAGCUAAUGCUGACGCUGUAACUGAAACUAAACUAUUACUAAACCUGUGACAGUCUAGCGACUCACCCACCACGAGCCAGAAAAUGAGAACAUAUUGAAAGACAUGGUAAAGCGAAUUUAAACCUUUAUACACAUGACACGUUUGCAUAGUCAAAAAAAAGUAAAUCUCACUCGGUGUCCUUUUUAAAUGCAACAUUGCGAAAGGCUCCACUGAACUGUUUUCCCUACCUGAAAAAUCAUUUUCGCAGAAAAUCAACAAAAAAA